AUGUCACCUGCUCCUAAGUUCUUAAACUUGAUGUUUGAUUGGUGUUUUGACCUGCAGCUAGUAAAAUUAGUUCUGCUGGGACUACAAGCUAUUAAUUUGGGUGACAGUGGGUUCAUUGUGGUUAGAGAUGGAUGCACCAUUUUCAGGUCCCCUGUUCAACAGCAUGACUUCAAUUUUACGUAUCAACUGGAGAGUGGCAAUGGAGGUGAUUUACCCCGCUCUGGUGAGGUUUUUACGAUACCUGUUGCCGGAGAUGUUGUCAUUGCUGGAACAGAUGGAUUGUUUGAUAAUCUGUACAAUAAUGAAGUCACUGCAAUUGUUUUACAUGCAGUUAGAGCUGGACUAGAACCCCAAGUAACUGCUCAGAAGAUAGCAGCACUGGCUCGUCAGCGAGCACAGGACAGGAAUAGGCAGACACCAUUUUCUACUGCCCAAGAGGCUGGGUUCCGUUAUUAUGGUGGGAAGCUUGAUGACAUAACAGUUGUUGUGUAG